UAGCACAAGUUUAUCUUUCAGUUUCGCAUAACAUAACAAACAAGAUGGCUGACUCGACGGAACGUGGGAAAUUUCAGCCUUAACGACACCAAAAAAGUUCUGGAAGAAUUUUAUUAUAAAAUCAAGGUACACAUCACUUGAAAUCUCAUUUACACACACAAGUAUGGGGCAUGAUGAUAAUGAUGAUGAUGACACUUUUGUAACCAUUGGAACACCGUACGAAGUUCCUGAAGAAGAUGACCCCCUGAAAAAACCUGCAAAAAUUCAAGAUCAAAUCGCAGUGGAUAAACAGGGAAGACGUCGUUUUCAUGGAGCUUUCACAGGUGGUUUUUCAGCAGGUUAUUAUAAUACCGUUGGCUCCAAAGAAGGUUGGGCUCCAUCAACUUUUGUUUCCUCAAGAUCAAAGCGAAAUGAAGGUGAAGAGAAUGUUAUCACCAUACCAGAGGAUUUUAUGGAUGAGGAUGAUUUUGCGGAACAUGGAAUUGCACCAAGAAAAUUAAAAACGACAACAACAUUUCAAGCAGAAGAUGUAGAACUUCAGCGUCGUAAACGAAAUGCUCAAAAAGCUGUUGACGAUGGUGAAAUACAUUCUGCAAUACCAGGAGGAGUUCCUAUUGAUGAUCUUGUACUCCCGUCGAAGCUCUCUAUCGGUAUCAAGUUAUUAAAAAAGAUGGGAUGGAGACCUGGUCAAGGAAUUGGAGAGAAGAUCGAAGCAUUAAGUGAUCAACUAGAUACAACAUUUGCCAAGAAAAAGGUAUAUGGCUGUGCCCGUCCACAGGAAGCUGACUCUAUGGACAUGAAAACUUUUACGGGCCUACUUGCUCCCAAAGAUGUCCAGCCUUACCAAUUUUUUAGAAAAGACAACAUUCAUGGGAUUGGUUAUUCGGGCAUUGACCCUACUAUGGCAAUGUUUGGUGGAAUAAAUAGAGAAGAGAAACCCUUCCGCCCGACUGGUGUGGAGAAAAGAGGCAUAAAAGGACAGGCGUUUGGUGUGGGUGUUUUUGAGGAUGAAGAUGAUGACAUAUAUGGUCAUGAUGCGUUAUCGAACUAUGACUUGACGAUGGCUGAUGAAGAGACAAAUCACACGUAUGGCUGGUCAGGUGAAACAAAAAAAAAGACUUACAAAGGUUGCUUGCUUGGAUUUAUCAAAACUUCGAAGCCGCUGACAUUGCGAAAACUACCAGUCAUGAUUACGAUACCUGCUGGAUACAUACCUAAGCAUCGGUUUCCAGAAGAACAGAGAAAACAACAGGAAAAUGAUUCUUCUAAAUCUAAACUGUCGAGCAAAGAAAGGAGUCUCUUGUUGGGGGAAACAACCAAAGGCUUGGAAACCGUUAGUCCGUGGACUUUAAAAUGGGAUAAACGACCAGAAGAACGAGAAACGAAAAAUGGAGAAACUAAAAAGUCUUCUCGUUGGGAUACAUCGCGUAUUGCCGAAAUUAAAUCCACAACUGGUGAUGACCCCACAUCUGCUUCUUCAGCGUCAUAUGAUACACACACUGGAGCGUUUCAACCGUUUGCAAAGUUUCCCGCUAAACAAGCAAGAUACGAGCAGUUUCUUCUUGCGAGAAAAGCGAAUAAAAAAGCUAAACUGGUUUACGACAUAAAUGUGACCGAAUGGGAAAGAGAACGAGAAAUAGAAGAGUUCACCCGUGCUGCUGUUUUGUAUCGACCACUAUCAAGUUCCAUAUCGACACGGUUUACGCGUGCAACAGUAGUAACGAGCGAUGUCGAUAACAAUUCAAAAACACUACGGACAGAUUAUGAAACUCAACAGACGGACGAUAAAAAAGCUGCAACAAUGGGCAUGUUCGGUAAAUUAACACGAACCGUGUUGGACUGGCAUCCAGAUCGGGUACUAUGUAAGCGUUUUAAUAUACCUCCGCCCUACCCGAAUUCCAAACUAAAAGGCGUCCCAGGGCGGUGCAAAAAGAAAGGUGGAGGUUUUUUUGGUGACACAGCUUUUGAAAAAUCCGUACUGUCGAUCGAAAACUCAUCGAAAGCGCCUUUAACCGCACUGGAUGGUGAAAAUGAAAGUGAUAUUUUAAAAAAGCGAGAGAAAAACAGAAAAAUUAAAAUCGGACCGUUGUCUCAUCUAAACAAAACGGCAGAAACUGUUAAUGCGCUAGAAUCAGAAGUUACCAAUAAUACAACAAAUACGGGAGAGCCUGUCGAAACAGUGUCGCACAAAAAUGGAGAAACAUUAACAAAGCCUUCGUUUGAUAUGUUCAAAGCAAUUUUUGACAAUUCAGAUAGUAGUGACUCGGACGAAGAUAAAAUACCUGAGAAGGGGGAGGAGGUAUUAACUCAGAAUUUAAACAUAGCACUUCCCCAGGCGUUCGUGGGUAAAGUUCAGUCUGAUGCUAAUAAUGGCGUUGUUGAGGAAAAGAUCAAGGAGAGUACGAAGGAAGAAGGACGUAAUAAUGAAAAGGAGGAAACUCGCUCUGUUGACGUAACGAUGCAAUGUAGUAAGGCUGGGAAAACGCUUCCACUUGCGUUUUUAAAUAAAGAUAAACACGAAAAUCUCAUUAAGAAUGUGUAUGGAGACAAAAAUCGUUCGGCAUUUCACCCUGGGAAACCAGAAGACGAAAUUAAAAGUAGUGACAAUAAACUAGAAAAGGCAACUCUGAAUCAAAAUAGAAAACUGAGGAUCGAAAAAUCUCCAUUUGUGCCCGAUAAAAAAAUGCUAUCUGAUGAAAAAGAACGCUCGAUUGUUCAAACGGGGAUUUCAUCUGAAGACGAUGAGGAAUGGAAAGAGGAAGCAAAAUCGAACUCGUCUAAAACAAAGAAAUCUAAAAAAGAGAAAAAGCAUAAAAAAGAGCGAAAACAUAAGAAAAGAAAAAAGAAGAAAUAUUCCUCCUCGCAUGAAUCGGAGGAUGAAGAUGGACUUGAACGACAUAAGAAAGUUCGUAAACACAAAAAGAAGGAAAGGUAUGCGAGUCGUAAGAGUAGUUCUUCUUCGAGUGACGAAACGCUAGUUCCAAGUAACGCAGAACUUCUGCAAAAGUUGCAGAUUUAUGCGAAAACGAAGAAAAGACCUUCAGCAGCAGAUUUCAUGUAGUAGUCUAGACUUCCAAUAAAUGUAAAUAUACUGACUGAAAAAGCAUGUAAUGAAUCGCACAACUCCAGAAUGACGGAACAGCGAAACGAAUCCGGAAAAACUGUUUCGUUAGGAAUUAUUAUGUGGUCUAUUAAAAAAUAAACGCCCGCCCAA